AAAUAGUUACUUCCACGCGAUAUUUGCCAAACACUUAUCAAUAACGUUAACCUGCAGAUAGUGAUGAGUUAGUCGAUUGUGGCAGUUUCGAAACAAAUUUUUUCGUUUAAUUAGCGCCAAAAUUCCAUCCGCUGUAAACAUCAAAAAAGAGAACGCUAAAUUGGACGAGCUCUUAUUAGCAGUACACUUUUCGAUAAUGAAUCACUGAUUAUACAAUUCUGGCAACAUCGGUAAAUGGAAAAUUACUAUAAAUCACUGAAGGAAAAAUGCAACAGGAAAUCCACAUUUUCUCUCAUUUUUAACGAGUUCCCGUAGAUAACGAGACUUGGGGACAACUUUGGGCCUGAAGCAUUUUUAGAAAACCACGUGCUUUUGAUUUUACACGUGACAAACCAAUCAGUUUUCCAACCACAUUUGGUGUUAUCUUGUCGGAGGAGCGCAGUCGCUUGGAACACAUGAAAUGUAAAAGAGUAAAAGUUGAGUGGUGCGUGGAGACUGUGUAGGGAAACUUAUUGUUGUUGUUGUUCUUUGUUUUGAAGAAGUGGUAAAGACUGUAACCCGCCAAGAUGGAUGGGGCUUACGAUUUAGAUACCAUGAUGGGAUAUCUUGGUGAUUUCGGCAGAUAUCAGAUGUGGCAAUUCACUCUCCACAUCCUCUCUGCUGUAACUGCUGGCCUUCACAUGUUGUCUUUGGUAACCGUGGCCGCUAUACCUGAACACAGAUGCGAGAUUCCCGACGUAGAUGUGAACCACACAAUGACACAAUUAAACGACACAGAACUGGCAUUAUACAUCCCUACGUCUCCUAUGGGGGGUUUCGAUAGUUGCAGCCUCCUGAACAUCACGACCAACGAUUCUUACAAGUGUGAUAUAUGGGUGUACGACGACACCUACUACAAGACUUCAAGAGCAAUCGAAUGGAGCUUUGUCUGUGAUAACCGCUGGAUGGGCGCUGUCGCUCAGUCGAUCUAUAUGUUUGGGGUAUUCACCGGGGCUGUCACUCUUGGCAAUAUGGCGGACAAAUUUGGACGAAAACCCAUAUUCGUCUGGUCGGCUGUGUUGCAGUUAGUUAUUGGUGUUGCGGUGGCCUUCACACCGGAUUAUUAUUCAUUUUUGGCUCUACGAUAUUUAUACGGGAUUUUUGGAUCUGCGGGCAGCUAUAUAACAGGUUUUGUCCUCACAAUGGAACUGGUUGGUCCAAGCAAACGUUCAAUGUGCGGUGUGGCCUUUCAAGCAGCCUUUGCCUGCGGAAUAAUGUUGGUGGCAGGUUGGGGAGCCCUCAUUAAAGAUCGCCAACUCCUACAAAUCAUCUACGGUCUUCAUAGUGCAGUGCUAAUUGGCCACUUCUGGCUAAUGGAUGAGUCACCGCGAUGGCUUUGGGCCAACGGUCGGGCGCGCGAAGCCGUAGAAAUAGUUAAAAAAGCGUUAAAAAUGAAUCGAAGUCCUAUAAGUCUCGAAACAGCCGAAUUCGUUUCAAAAGGUACUGCUGAGAGCAGAACCAAGACUGAAGACUCUGCUGGAGUACUAGAUUUGUUCAAAACACCAAAUUUACGAAUCAAAACUCUUAAUGUGUGCUUGAACUGGUUUGCUAAUUCUCUUGUGUAUUACGGGUUAUCACUAAACACAGGACAGCUAAGUGGUGAUCCCUAUCUUAUUCUCUUCGUCAUGGGUUUGGUUGAACUGCCUAGUUAUGUUCUCACUGUGUAUUUAAUGGACAGAAUGGGCAGACGAUCUUUAACUGCUCUUAACAUGAUCUUAGGUGGCAUUUGCUGCAUUACUGCGGCCAACCUUGUUAUGGGAAGCACCGAAUCCACAGCUUUUGUCGUUGUGGGUAAAUUCCUCAUCGCUAGUUCUUUUGCAAUCAUUUAUAACUACUCCGCUGAACUUUUCCCUACAGUUGUCAGGAAUUCGGCUCUGGGAAUAGGGGCCAUGUGUGCGAGAACUUCAGGCGCUUUAACGCCUCUUAUUACUCUUCUUGAUUCUUUCGAUCCCAAGCUGCCUUCUAUAAUAUUCGCUGUCAUAGCUCUUAUCUCCGGUUUUCUAACCCUAUUCCUUCCAGAAACUUUGAAUAAACCCAUGCCUCAAACUAUACAAGAUGGCGAAGAGUUUGGGAAGGGCGACACAUUUUUCACUUCUUGGCGUAAAAAGAAGACACCUGAUGUGGAAGAACCAGUCACCGCCAAAUCCCCAACUUCUGAACAAAUGCAACCACUUGGAGUAACUAGGUGAAUUGCACACCGUAAAGUUCAACUUAGAAAGACAUAAAACAACGUAAUUGUUUUCUACUUUUUUUAGUAUUUAUUUACAACUUAAUUUCUGCACCAAAGUAAUUCAUUUCAAUCUCUGGACCCUUUGUAGUGAUUUAAAUUUUUCAUGGUACAAAUAGGCUUUAUUAAAGUAUGCCAAGCUGCAUCGGUUUCUUGUAAGAAUUAGAACAAUUUGUAACAAAAAUUUACUAAAUCUGUAUUUUUAAAAUGUUUCCUUCAGUUCGCCAAUGUCUUCCGCAAUUGAUAUUAAUUAGUGUUAUUAUAGGAAAUACAAUUUUUGAACUGUUGUUAUUGUCGACUGCUGGCUUCGUACGAAGUGGGCAAACGAUAAAAAUGAUCUCAUACAUUUCUGUUAUUUUAUUGUUAAUCACCGCCACCGCUUUGCACAAGUUAUGAUUUAAGGAACAUAGUCAAUAAUAAUGAAUGUUUAUUGUGCAGAACUUAAGUUGUGGUUUUACUACUUGUGCAUAACAUAUUUAUUGAUAAAAUAAAUAUUUCUACAGGCGCUAAA